AUGUUUCUACAACACAAACAUGCCUUUCUCUCUCAUGCCAGUAAAUAUGAUUUGUCUAACAAUAACGCAGACUACUUUCUUAGUUUCUUUCUUCAACCUAGCCUUUUUUCCAACCAUCUGCUUAUUAUUCCAUCUAUCUAUCUGCUUAUUUCCAGUCUGAUCCAUCCAUCUAUCUCCAUCUUAUUUCAGUCUGAUCCAUUCCAUCUGGCUUAUUCUCAGUCUGAUCUAUCUAUCUAUCUAUCUAUCUAUCUGCUUAUUUCAUCUGAUCUAUCCAUAUCUAUCUAUCUGCCCAUUCCAUCCCCAUCUAUCUAUCUGGUUUAUUUCAGUCUGAUCUAUUCAUCUCCAUCUAUCUCAUCUAUCUGUUUAUUUCAUUCAUCUAUCUAUCUAUCCAUUCAUCUGCUUAUUUCAUCUGAUCCAUCUAUCUAUCUAUCUAUCUCAUCAUCCAUCUAUCUGCUUUAUUUCAGUCCAUCUAUCAUCCCCAUCCAUUCCAUCCGUCAUUUUCAGUCUGAUCUAUCUAUCCAUCCAUCCAUCCCCAUCCAUCUAUCCAUCUGCUUAUUUCAGUCAUCUAUCUAUCUAUCUCCAUCCAUCUGCUUAUUUCAGUCUGAUUCAUCUAUCUAUCAUUUCCCCAUUUCAUCUAUCUCUUCAUCUAUCUAUUCAUUCUCAUCAUCUAUCUGUCUGACCAUCUUAUCUAUCUAUCUAUUCAUUCAUUAUCUAUCUAUCUAUCUAUCUACUUAUUUCAGUCUGGUCGUAUCUAUCUUUUUUUUUCUUUUGUAG